AAUGAAUAACAACACAACUAAUAAUAUUCCCGAAUUAUCAUCAAAAAUAAUUCCAACUUCAAUUUGCUUAUUUUUAUUUGCCAUAUUUUUACUUCCCCUAAUUUUAUUGCUAAUAAUAAUACUCUACAAAACCAAACGUCUUUUGCACCUGAAUACCCGUAUUUUGUUGACAGUCGUUCCUUUAUCGGUUAUAUUAAGCCUGGCUUCUAGAAUUUGUCUUCUUUUAAUGGUAAUUAGCGAGAAUCCGCCUAGAUUUAUGGAAAUUGCUGUUUAUUAUCCAUCAUUUUUUGCCAACUUUUUCAUUAAUUCCCUUCCAAUUACUAUUGGGCUUGAAAAGCUAAUUUCUACAUUGUUUUAUAAAUAUUAUGAAAAGAAUAAGCAUUUACGUUUUGUUGGAAUUGGUAUUUUGGCAAUACAGUUGAUAACAGCACUUUUAUUCAGCAUCGUUCGUUUUAAACUUACUUACAAAGAAAAUAACCCUCAAAACAUUUCAUCACUUCAACAUACAAUAUUUAACAAUCUCCAAAUUAUAUUACCUCAAAGUUCAAUAAUUAUCCCUGUAUUUUCCCUUCUUUUUUGGAACUCAAAAUUAUCCGUACAAAAUCAAAAGUCUUCUCAAAAUUCAAUUUCUUGUCGUUACCAACUUAGAGAAAAUUGCCGCACUUUGCGCUUCUGCCUAUUUUUUGUCUUUCUAUUGGCUGCCUCCACUUUUAUUCAAAUUUUAUUACACACUUUUAACGAUGAGGAAAGCAGAACUCUCUUCUUUAAUGUUAAUUAUUCUGUUGAACACUUUGGACCACUCGAGGAAUUUUUGGCUCUUUUCCCUCAAACCUUGGCACUUUUGAGCACACUUUUGGGACAUAAAUCCAUCCGACUUUCACUACUUUCUCUCUUUGGCAUUGAAGUUUCGGCAACGGAAAGAGCCGUUACCAAGCAAAAUAAAAACUUGCAUAUCAACACAGUCAACGGCUCUUUAUCUUCCUCUUUUUCCUCCAAUCGAACUGCCCGUGUCUCCGACGCAAAAUCAGUUAAUGAACUAAUCAGAGAUGCACAUUUUGAUAUUCUUCAAAACUACUGGGAAAAGAAAACCUGA